AUGAAGCAAGCCCUGGCAACUCUAGUCCGACAGCUUGCCCGCAUCGAGUACUGCUGGCCCCCACAAAUCGAUUGCCCCAUGGUACGACUUCGAGAUCUUUUUGGUGUCUUGAAACCGAUACCAUAUGACCUGACUAGCCAAUGGGAGGACUUCAAGACACUGCUCGCCCUGAUAUUCCGCGGUCGAAAAGGAUUACAUCGCAUUGAAAUGGGACAGUACUUUAUUUUGCACAUUCGUCGUGGUGUCAAACUUGACUCUGCGUUCUGGGGCAAGGCGAUUCGACCUGGCGACGACCUAUCAAUGACCAUUGGUUUUGAUGAACUCGAAGCAGAAGAAGACAUAUGCCCAUUUCGAUCUUGUCAAGCGUCGCCAAAGGACGUCCCGAUAGAACAAGGAGGUAAAUUUUGCCCAAGAUGUGUCGGAUUCUCCGUGGUAAGUGAAUCUGCUUCCAACCGGAAUGAGGUAUCGAUGGAGAGCCGGGCAAAAGACGGCCCUUCUCGCUUUCAAAAUAUGAGCGAUUUGUCGUCUUGUCCCAAGCCUGGUUCUGCUGCUACAGAAUUCCACAAAGCUCAAGCCGAGGACAUUGAGGAAUACUGUUUUGUGCAAGUGAUGAUGUUACAGACCAUCAAAUUUUAA